AUGGCCUCUGCAAAGAAGACAACUGAGAAGCGACAUGACCCAGUGGAAAGCAUCCGCAGAAAAAUCCAAGCUAUCCGAAAGAGAGAAGAGAUUUCAAAUCCCAUGCGACAGAUUGUCAAAUACCAGUCCAGCAGUUUUGACAGUCCGCAGACUAACCCCAAGAAAGAUUUUGAAGAGGUACUGAGGAAGAUGACUGCUGCUCACGUUCUCAGGCCCAGCCUUCUCUUCUCAAAUAUGGAGAAAGAGGGUGCCUUCAAUUCAUCUCCUCAAGUAGUGUCUCCCAGAACUCCGUCCACCUCUUAUCUCAGCUCUCCUGACAACGAAACAUACUCCGUUAUCCUCACCAGUUCUGAAAACACCUCAAGGCCGGAAUCAAAGAGCUCCCAGAAUUAUACGUCUUUGAUAUCACAGAUCAGAAAACAGGAGCUCAGCUCUCACAAGGAUUUGAAUAGCUAUUGUAGUAAAAAUAAUUUUAGCACCUCAACACGUGACUUUGAUUCCACUUCUGAUCAGAGCUCUGAAUUUUUUAGCCCUCAGGAUUCAGUGGUGAAAAAGUUAUCUCUGAAUGAAGAGGGGUUGAAGCUAGGGAUCAAUGACGGCGAGGAAGAUGUAACCUACAGCAUUAACAGGACCUGGGACGAAGAGUUGCUUACGAGUAUUUUUAAUGCAUGUGACACCAAAUGCAAAGGCUUAGUAGGAGUCAUCAAAGUAAUAGAUUACCUGAGACAAACAACUAGUCAAGGUUCUGAAGAUGGUGGCCUUGAGGAGCUGUGGAAUAUGCUUGAUUCUGGAAAGGGGGACCUGCAUGUGAAUCUGGAAACCUUCCAGGUCGCCAUGAAAGAAUGGAGGGCUCGCUGCAGAAACAAAUGGGAAGGAAUGAAUAGUGGAUCAAGCAGCAGAAUGGAUGAUUCUGCUUUUGAACAGGACAGCAUAAAAUCAGGUGGAGCAAUUAAGAUGACCACAAAUAUAACAGAUUCUGCAUCACCGAGCUUUGAGGUAUUGGGUGGAGACUUGUCUAAAGGAGUCCUAGAGGUGCCUGAUUUGAUUACUUAUGCAGCAGACCUGCAUUUCAACAAGCAGAAAUUGGAGGAGGAAAAUAACAAUUUGAAAUUGGCAUUAGAAACCUUGGAAGAAGCUAACACCCAGUUAUCCAAGGACUGUACUGAAUUGCGCCUUCAGAUAAAAAGUGCCCACCAGGCUAUUAUGAGAACAAAUCUGUUAAAAGAAGAACUGGAGGAACUGAAAAUUAGUGUGAAUGCUUCGGAAGAGCAGAAGACCAAGAUUGUAGCCCAAAACAAACAAUUAGAGACAGAAAACCGGGCUCUGAUUCUUAAGAUUCGGAUUCUCCAAGAAGAGAAUGCUAAGAACAUGAUGGAUAUAUAUAAAUUGGAAAAGAAGACUGAGGAAUUGUUUAAAACUGAGAAAGAGCACCAAAUGAAGUUGCACACAUUUGAGGACACUUUGCUUAAUAAAGAUGCAAGUUUGCAGAAGAAAGAUUUCCGUAUAGAAGAACUCAAGUCAACCAUCAGAGAAUAUGGAAGCAUUAUAGAGAACUUACGAGGGGAGAAAACCAAACUGGCUUGUGAGUUACAGCACUUGCAACAGGAACUCAUCCUAAAUGGAAUCCAGUUGAAUGUUAGUGGAGAGCAUAAGUGUGUCAACUCUGAAGGAGAAAAAUCUCUGCAUUGUGAACUUGUUCUUGCUCAGUCUGCCAAGAACAAUGAAACGGAGUGGCAGUGUGGUUUAAACAGCUUAUCAUCUCUGGACACAAUGAUGGACCAAGAAAUGCUGCUGUUACUGAGAGAACUUGAACAAAAGGGAGUGGAGUUCGCAGCCAGGCUUCAGAGGCUGCAUGAAGAUGUUUCCAAAGUUGAAACGCUCAUUGACAGUUCUUUACAGUGGGUAACUCAUCCAGAAAUUACCGUGAAAGAAAAGUGGGAGAACAAGCUUACUGAAUUCAAAUAUAUCAUGGAAGAGAAGCUAAAUCUUUGCAUAUUACUGCUGAACAGCUUGAGAAACCACAAAGAAUCCCUUGAUGAGGAGUUUGUCAAAUUGAUAGAGAUUUUGAAGAGAUUCAGGCUGGAAUAUUUUUAUUUCAGAAAAGAAUUUCUUUCCAGGCAGAAACAAUCAGAAGCCAUCACACAACUGCAAGAAGAUGCUGUCAACCAGGAAGCCAUCCUCAGGAAGAAGGUCCAAGAAGCCAGCCAAUGGUUGGAGGAGGCAGAGAGGCAGGUGGAGGAUAGAAAUCAGGCAGCCCACUCUGCCAGGGAAGAAGCCAAGCCUUGGCUGCAUAAAUUAAAGGAGGCAAUUUCGGCACAACGGAAUCUCCAGACUAUAAAUACUGAGUUAGCGAACACUUGCCAGACAUUGGAGCAGAAAACAAGAAAACCGAAAACAACAGUUGAGUCACUGAGAACGAAGUUAAUUCAAGGACAACUCCAUGGCUUACUGUUUCAGAGCUCUUUAGAUGAAGAAUUUCCUCCUUACUAUCCCUUGUGCUGCACAGAUAGAAUUCCUCACCUGCUCCAGGAACAGUUGAAGCAGUGUGGCCAAAAACGAUAUAGUGGUCAAGAAGCAAGAAUACAUCAGCGACCCCUGACCUUCAAACACACAUGCUGGUACACACCUCUGCUGGAUGCCUUGCAUCUGGAUAGUUUUACAGCAAUUCCAAGACUGGAAUUGACACCUUUCUCCUGUGUAGCCAACCAAAUCCAUGCUUCCUGUGAAAGGCCCAAAGAUGGAGAAAUAGAGGAUGGCAAUUUGGAUGUGACUAGAACACACAAGUGCCCAGGCCCUACAGCCGGCCCCCACCCAGGAACAGAUUUUCCAGGUUGCAUCAGGAUGAGUAAUGACCCAAGUAUGGAAGAGAAUGGUGUUGAACGCUUGUAUUCCGAGAGCCUGCCGCAGCCCAGGGAUUGUUCUACCCUACCAUCUCCUGCACACACUUCAUCCACAGAGAGUACUGUAACUUCAAGUGAUUCUGGAUCGGAAAUGUUGAGUAUGGCUUCUGGUGACCUUGACUGCAAACCGCUCUGUGAGAAAGAGGAGGAAAGAUCAGCUUCUGCUGUGAUAAAGACCGAAGGUGAAAGUCCAGCUCCCAAAAAUACUGCACUCCAGGGCUCUGUAAGUGAAGAAAAAACCAUGUCAAAUCAGGAAGCUACAGGGGAACCAGAAACAAUAGAUAAGCACAGAAAAGAAUGUAUUGCAGGAGAUGCUGCUAUUUCUUCCCUUCCUGUGACCACUGUGAAGUCUGUUAACUUUAGACAAAGCGACAACACUUCUGCUAAUGAGAAGGAGGUAGAGGCCGAAUUUCUCAGAUUAUCUUUGGGAUUUAAAUGUGACUUGUUCACCUUGGAGAAAAGGGUGAAGCUUGAAGAAAGAUCCCGGGACUUGGCAGAAGAAAAUUUGAAGAAAGAAAUUACUAACUGUUUAAAACUGUUAGAGUCUUUAACACCUCUUUGUGAAGAUGACAGCCAAGCCCAGGAAAUCAUUAAGAAGCUGGAGAAGAGUAUAACAUUUCUUAGCCAGUGUACAGCACGAGUGGCCAGUAGGGCUGAGAUGCUGGGCGCCAUUAAUCAGGAAAGCCGGGUUAGUAAAGCAGUUGAAGUGAUGAUUCAGCAUGUAGAAAAUCUAAAGAGAAUGUAUACCAAAGAGCACGCUGAAUUAGAAGAACUGAAACAGGUUCUUCUGCAAAAUGAAAGGUCUUAUAACCCUCUUGAAGACGAAGAUGACUGCCAAAUUAAAAAACGGUCAGCGUCUCUAAACUCCAAGCCAUCUUCUCUUCGAAGAGUGACCAUUGCCUCUUUGCCCAGAAAUAUUGGAAAUGCAGGAAUGGUGGCUGGGAUGGAAAAUAAUGACCGAUUUGGUAGGAGGUCAAGCAGUUGGCGUAUUUUGGGGUCAAAGCAGAGUGAACACCGUCCCUCAUUACAUCGAUUUAUUAGCACCUAUUCCUGGGCAGAUGCUGAAGAAGAAAAAUGUGAACUAAAAACUAAAGAUGACUUGGAACCACCUGAAGAAGAAAUAGUCGAAAGGACAAGAAAGCCAAGUCUUUCUGAAAAGAAAAACAAUCCAUCAAAAUGGGACGUCUCUUCAAUGCACCACACAAUAGCUUCCUGGGCCACCAAUCUCACGACUUUCAUCAGGGAGGCCAAUAAGGCCCUCUGGCUUUCUGUGGCUUUCAUUGUACUGUUUGCAGCACUGAUGAGCUUCUUCACAGGCCGAUUUUUCCAAAAGUCCGUGGAUGCUGCUCCCACACAGGAUGGGGACUCCUGGGUGACUCUGGAACGUAUCUUGUGGCCAUUUGCCAGACUCCGACAUAAUGGGCCUCCGCCAGUGUGACAUCCUAACGUGUGUAUCUUGAUUUUUAAAGUUUCAGUAUCUGAACUUUGUAAACUAGUAACUUUUAGCUGGGAGAUUAGCGCAUGGAACCACAGGUUCUUAGAAUGAUUUGUAAGAUAUUUUAUAGUCCCUCUUUUUGUGAUGAUCUUCCGAACUAAAAUACAAUGGGGAGGAAGCCUGCCUAUAAGAUUUUUUAAUGGGCUUUUUGAGGAGGCGCUGUUAUUGUUUGUUAAAAUUUAUUGAAAUAAAGAACGAUUCAAAUUUU